AAUGUCAAUUUUUGUUUGUUUUCGCAGCAGGCGAUUCUCAUAUGUAUGGAGUUAAAUUCAUCAAUUAAAACUUUUAAAGAAAGUUUUCUAUUAAAAUAUCACUAAACAUGUCACAGCAAUUGAUCAACGAGAACAGCAAAUACAUAUUAGAUUUAUUUUCAGAGCAAACAGUUGAUUCUCAGAGCCUGGAGUCAAUUUGUGCUCAAGUGCAGAAAAGGUUCCCGAAAUCAGAGCAUUUUAACCUAUCCCUUCUGCUAUCAUCUCUAAUCACAGGCGGAGACCUGUCCCUCCCAGGCCAGAGGGUGGUAGCCCUAGCUUUAAUAUUUGACUUCUAUAAGGGAGAGAACCCCUUCAGCUCCCUGUUCCUGCAUCUGUUGGACGGUAAGCCAGGGUUGCUGCCGCUGGCUCCACAGGAGAGAUUGUUUAUAGCACAAUUGCAUGGGUUUAUACCUGUUAAUAUUAAAGAUGUGCUCAAAAAGUCGGCGAAACAGGUGAUGCUGACAGAGGUGAAUGCCAAAGAGUUGGAGUUUGACUACUCUUCCCUGCAGUCUCUACAUGCAGAGAGAGUGGCAGAUGUCAGCUCAGUGGCCAAAGCGACUGCGCCUGCGCUGGUGGCGCUUAGUGAUGGGGGCCCACCAAACCGCAUGGCGAUGAAGGAACUCCUCGAAGCGUUGAUGUCAAACGAGUACCUGCCGUUACACAAAACGCUGCAACCUUCAGGGCCCAUACCACCGCCGACCUUCCUACUGGACCCCACGGAAAUAUCGUUUUCUGAUGAGGGUGUAUGGAAAAAUCUAGUUAAUCGAGGCGCGUAUGUGCCUCUCUAUGACACGGACUUCGAUGGUCUCAUAGGGCUCAAAGCUCCGGAAAAAGUAGAGAAGCGGAUGCCGAGCGCGCCCAAAGAAGUUAAAGUUAAGGAAGAAAAGAAAGAAAAGCCAGAAGAGAAGAAGUCUGAAGAGAAGGAAAGCACCAACAUCGUCACUGAAGCACAGGAACUGACGCAGCUGGCAUUGAAGUCUGCCUUAAGUGUACCACACCAACAGAGGUUACUGGCAUUGUUGGACCAAGACCCCGACAUUGUGUACCAGAUUGGAGUCACGCCGUACCAGUUGCCAGACUUAGUAGAGAACAACCCGAUGGUAGCAAUAUCCGUGCUGCUGAAACUCAUCCACUCUCAACACAUCACUGACUACUUCUCCGUCCUAGUCAAUAUGGAAAUGUCACUGCAUUCUAUGGAAGUCGUCAACAGGUUAACAACAUCAGUGGACCUGCCGGUAGAAUUUGUCCAUCUGUACAUCAGUAAUUGCAUAUCAACGUGCGAGACUAUCAGAGACCGAUACAUGCAAAACCGGCUCGUCAGACUAGUGUGCGUGUUUCUACAGUCUCUCAUCAGGAACAAAAUCAUCAACGUCAAGGAAUUAUUCAUCGAAGUGGAAGCUUUCUGCGUUGAGUUCAGCCGGAUCCGGGAGGCGGCGGCGCUGUUCAGACUGCUCAAACAACUCGACUCUGGUGACACCACGCACAAAGAGGCUAAAGAGAGCUAGAGAGAAUAAACACGUAGAGACGAACGAGAGAAAUAACACUUCGCACGGUGCAAUCAAAAUACUAAUGUGGUAUCAGUGUCGUUAUUUUGUUAUAUUUCUUAUUCUAUAAGACAGGAUUUUCGAUAAAAGCUCUGUCGGCUUGAUUUACUCUGACAUCUAAUGAACAAUUAAUUAAUUAUGUUAAAUAUUAUUAGCUUCCAAUCCAAUAAGACGAG